AUAACGCCGUUAUCACGCCGCUAUUUAACCGUUAUCGACGACGUGGGUAGUUUUUUCUUCUUUGGAAAGUCAAAGGGGGGGGGGGGGGUGCUAGGUGGCAAAAUUUUGAAUGAAAUACGAUGAAAAACGACAUAGUAUACGACUGUGUACGACCGUUUACGGUGGUCGUAUACACGUCGUAUACGACCCGACGAUAUACGGCCGUAAUUCAGGUGUCAAGUAAUACGGCGAAAUACGGUCGUAUACGAUCGUAAUGUGCACUGUAUACGACCGUUCACGAUCGUAUACGACGUCGUAUACGAUCGUUUACGAUUGUCGUAAUGCUCGUCCUGGGUUUUCACAUAUUGGGUUUGUAGUACAUCAAGUUUUAUGCAAUGUGUGGGGACAUACUGGUUUUUAUAUCUGAUCCGUAUAGGGCACGUCUUACCUACUUUUUAGAUUCCUUAUCGUAGUAUAAAUGGCGCUAAGUUCGAAAAGAAAAUUGCAAUAUAAAACAGCAUUCACGAAACGUUGGUCUCAUGAAAAUGUUGCUGAGUGCACCGAUGAUGACAAGCGUUCAGUGGAGUUGAAUUGUUUACAUGAUUCUUGUAUAGAGAAACCGAAUUUCAGGAGUAAAAUUCAACUAACAGAUCUUGCUGACUUGUCUAAAUUAUGCAAAACACAGUGUACGUUAGGCACAAUUUCAGUGUUAAUGUAUCUAUCAUUACCAUACUUUAAUAUUUCCUGGAAGGAAAUAGAUGAAUUUUUGAAGCAAAUUGGUGCUUUAACUUGCAUUACAAGUCAUAAAUGGUCAGAAGAAUUCAUUCAAGGUGAUUAUGAAGAGUUUACUCGUGAAAACAUGGGAGAAAAACAAAAUAAUAGUUUUUUUACCUAUAUCCAGAAAUUACAACCGAUGCAAGAUUUUUCUCAAUUAAGGCUUGCCAAAGAAAAUCAGCUGAUUUUUGUGCGAUGGAUCUUGCUCAAUAUAUCGAUCAAAAGUUCUAUGAAGUGACAGGGGAGUCAAAGACAUGCGGUGAACUAGUUCGGACAGAAAGAAUGUGUAGGUUGGACCUAAGACGAUUGGGCUGCAAUUUUGAUUUCAACAUUUAACGACCGUAUUUUGAAGACCACGAACGUGACGAUGUAAAAUUUCAUCGCGAGCAAUUUAUUAAUCAUUUUUUAACGAAGAAAGAUAACUAUUAUUUGGUUACAGACGGUGACGAUCCAAAGUGGAUCAUACCUCAUCAUAAUCCUAUUGUUUUAUUGUGUAGGCGUUUAGAAAAAUGAUCGAAAGACUGCCGUCCAUAUUUGAGUUUUCCUGUUUGUCUUUCGGGUCAUGAUGAAUCCACCUUCGGAUCUGAAGAAGUGUCUACUAAACGUUGGUUUUGUAAUGAAAAAGACUGUUUCAUAGCAAAGGACGUGGUCGAUUAUUAAUGAUUAGUGAUUUUAUAGUGCAGUAUCCUAGUGGUUCAUUUUUUGCCUUGAAUGAUGAUGAAUGGAAGUUAGCAGUGGAAGAGUAUACUCAGUUAGCACAUGAUGACGCAAUUAAUUAUUUGCCACAAUCCACAUCAGCAAGUAUUAAUUUGGGAGUAGGAAGAUAUUUUGAUAAUGAUACAACACUUAUGCAAUUUGAACGUUUAUUUUAA